UGAAAGGAUGCCAUGGAUGAACACAAUGAUGAUCCUUAUGAACAACAGCUUUAUGCUGUGUUUCAAAGUUGUUUAAUAAAAGGAGAAACUGAAUUACAUGAGGAUAAGUGGCUUAGUUUAUGCCAUAAAUUACAUCUCACAGAACAGAGUGAAGAAUUAAAAUCAUGCAUUCAACAACAUAAACAAGAGAAGCAAUCUAUAUCAUUCCAAGAAUUUAGAACUGCUUUAUUAACCUUAUUAGACAAAACACAAGAAUCAGUUAUACAUACAGAUAAAGAUAAUAUAACAGAGUUACAAAGUGACAUAAAUUCACAUAUUAUAGAUAAUAAAAGAUGUGAUCCUUUAACAUCUAAUAAUUCUAGCUCUAAUAUAGAUUUUUUGAAUGCAAAAGCAGGUGUAACAGUGGAUGAAAAUAGACUGAAAUGUUUGUGGGAAAAAAUAAAUAUCUGUUUAAAGGAAAAUGUAGACUCUGCAACAAUGUAUUUUAUAUCAAAUUGUUUAGGAAUCCCAGCUCUUCCAAAACAAAUUACACAGUGCAUCUUCGAAAAACUGGACCAGAAUUGUGAUGGAUUAAUUAGUUUGGACGAAUUUCUAGUUAUAUUCCAAAAUAAGACAAUGGAAGAUCAAUUAACAUUAGAUAAAAAUACCGAGUCUACAAAAGAAUUAUCUAAAUUAGAUUUUAGAAAAUGUAACUUUGAUAUACAUACACCUCAUAAAACUAGCAUCACAAAUAGUAAUACUUUUCGGGAUACGUGGAAACUUUCUAAUAUUACAAAUACGUCUUUAUUAACGGAUGGAGGUCUUAAAACGUCAGAAAUGUCUUUAACUGAUUUAACAACUACUCUAUGUGACGAAUUGAAAAAUUUUAAUGAUUCAUUAGACCAUUCUGCAAUUCGAUCUCAUGUAAUGUUGUUACGAGAUGUUCUUAUAUUAUAUCAAGAAGAACUACAUAGUUUAAAUCUUGCGGUAGAAAAUGUAAACGGUGAAAAAGAAAAAUUACGUACUGAUAUUAUGGAAGCUAAUGAACGGGCAAACACUCUUGCUCAAGAGAUUGAUGAACAACAUACCCGACAAGAAGAAAUUGUUCAAAAUUUGCGGAAGCAAAUUGAACAACGCCAUGCUGAAAUUAUACAAGAUCUUUCCAACCAACUUAAUUCUGAACGAGAAAUGAAUGUUAAAGCUUUGAAAUCAAAGGAUGAUCAAAUACAAAUGUUACAAAAAGAGAAUUAUGAAGUUAGAAAUAAAUUUGUAAAUACAUUACAAGAAAACCAAGUUUUAGAAACUGAAAAUGAAAACCUUUGCAGUCAAAUUGAAAAACAUAAACAAUCUAAUAAUGAGUUAUUAACUCAAAUAAAAAUAUUGGCAGCAGAACAUGAUGAGAUGCAAAAUGUGGAAGUAAAGCAUCAACAAGAAGUUAUGUACCUAGUAGAUCGUAUUAAAAAUUUACAAUCAGAAGCAGUUCUCUUACGAGAUCAAAAUGAUGAACUUACAGCAGAAAUAGGAAAUUUGAAACUGCAUAAUUGUCAUAAUAAAGAUUUAAGUUAUUGCAGACAAAGUAAUCUUCCUGAUACUCAUACAACAAGAAAUAUACAGUCAGAUGAGAUUGAAAAUAAAGAAGCAUUUGUAGUGGAAGAAGAUGAUAUAGAUGUAGUUUUAAAACAUUCCACACCUCUGUCUUGUAAUUCUCAUGAAGAAGACAAUAUGCAAAACUAUAAAAAGACAGACUUAAAACAUUUUAAAGAUACAAUUAUAAAACAAUUAAAAUAUGUUUUAAUAAAUAGUAAUAAGUGCACAUUAGAAAACUGCAUGUUUAAAGAUGAAAUAUUGGAAAUAAUUAUGAAAUUACAAUCCAAUUCAAAUACACAGGUUGUGAAAGCCACGGAUUUUGUUAAAAGUAUUGCGUUUGAGAUGGAAACAGAAUGCGAGGAACGAGCAAGUGAAUCAUUAAGAGAUUUUGUUGUUCCUAAACAUAAAAAUUCAGUUUCCACUAAACGAACAAUGACAUCUAGUAGUAAUGAUAAUAAUUGUGAUUUUGAUAAUUAUAACGGUCAAGAUAUAAAAAGUUUGUCACAGAACAAAGUUUCAAGUCUUAGAGAUUAUCCUCCUCGUAAAGAAGAGCAUAUGAAUAUCGAUCAUUUAAAAUUAAACAAGGAAAAAGAUACUUCAGUUAUUAAUUGCGCAAAAGUUCUCAACGAAAUUAAUGCAAAAACUAAUUCAAGUUUAACAAAAAGUGAAUCAUCUGAAGACGAUGUUUUCCUAAAAUUGAAACUAAAAGAACUUGAAGCAGCUCAUGCUGCUGAAAGGAAACAAUUAACUGAACGAUGUGCAGAAUUAGAAAGAAGUCUUGAUUUACUAAAAAUAGAAUAUGAGGAGUGUGAAGAUUACUGGACUGCUAAAUUAGAAGAAGAAAGACAACUUUUUGAGCAAGAGCAAAAAAUUAGUGAUGAGAAAUUUUCAGAGCUUAUAGCUAAAAUGGCAGAAUAUGAGGAACUAAUUAGUCCAAUAGAUAAAGUAAAAAAUAGCGGACGCUUAUCUCCGAUUGAAGAGAAGUUUAAUUUAGAACAACAAUAUUUAGAUCUUGAAGAAGAAUUUGAGAAGUGGAAAGCGCAAAUGGAAGAAGAAAUAUCUCAAAAAGACACCGAAAUUAAAGAUCUACGCGAGAAAAUAAAAUCCUUAGAACGACCAAUAACUGCUGAUAUAUCUGUACAAGUUACAGAUGACUUUAUUUUUUCGUCUUUACUAGCACGAUCAAAUUAUGUUCCUAAUGAUUCAUUCAAUAUUCAACCGUCCAGUGAAUCAGUUUCAAAAUUAGCUCCAUACAAUGAUAAUAUUCACAAAGUGCCUGAAGAAUUUAAAUUUAAUAGAAUUUUAGAAUCUUCGAACGUAUCAAAUGACUUUACUCCACGACUAACAAAAGAUCAUACAGAUAGCAGUAAUUGUGACCCACAUCAAAUACAUGCUCAACACUUUCACAAUUUAGAAUAUGACUUAGUACAAAACACAUUUAAAUUAAAAAAUUUAAAAUCUCCAAAUUGUCAGUGUGUACGAAAUGAUGCACAACUGUGUUGUAUAAAUGUUAAUAUAUUGCAGAAUCUAAGCAUGAAACUUCAGGCACAGGGGCGCAAAAAUCAUCAAUUACAAGAAUGCUUUAAGCAACAGCAAUAUCAUACUGAGCGUGUAUUACAACACGUUAUGUCUCAACAUCAAGUAGAAAUGUCGGAAUUACAAUGUCUUCUUCGUAGUACUCAAGAAAGACUUCAAAUAGAAUUUCAAACGAGUGCAGAACAGGCCGAACAAUUGGCACGAACUGAUAUAUUAGUAAAAGAUUUGUAUAUAGAAAAUGCGUAUUUAAUAGCUAAUUUGAAACGUUUACAACACUAUCACACAUUAACAGGAUUGCAUGCUGAAUCAACUUCAAUAUGAUAUUGCAAUCAAUUACUAGUAACAUACAAAAG